AUGAACAUAGAAGAGCUGAGAGCACGUUUAGAAGAAGCAAAUCAAGGGCAUCUCUUGCGGUACUGGGACCAACUCUCCGAUCAAGAAAAACUGCAACUCUACAAUGAACUUAGUCAUCAAGACUUUAAUGAAAUCAAUGAAUUUUAUAAGACGGUAAUGGAGAAUGUGUCCGCUGCGUCAAAGAAGCUUAAUGACGUCAUAGAACCCUUGCCGAAGGAGGUGUGUGGGAGAGUAGUAAACACCGGCCCGGAAACUCUGUCGCAGUAUAACAACAGUGGUCUGAAAAAGAUCGGAGAGAGUCGGGUGGCUGUUCUUCUCUUGGCUGGGGGUCAGGGUACUAGGUUAGGUGUACCAUACCCUAAAGGCAUGUACGAUGUCGGACUGCCGUCGGGAAAAACGUUGUAUCAGAUACAGGCCGAGAAACUCCUGAAACUCCAGAGGCUUGGGGAGUCUGUAACAGGGAACAGCUGCAAAAUUCCAUGGUACAUCAUGACCAGCGAACAUUCUAAACAGUCUACCCAGGAUUUCUUUCAAAAGCAUAAAUACUUUGGCCUACAGGAAGACGAUGUCAUCCUCUUUGAACAGAACCUUCUUCCAUGUAUAGGAUUUGACGGGAAAAUCAUUUUGGAAAAACCUCACAAAGUGGCUCUAUCUCCAGCUGGCAAUGGAGGAUUGUACCGAGCCCUGCACCACAAUGGCGUGCUGAAGGACAUGGAAAGUCGGGAAAUCGAAUACAUCCACGUCUACAGUGUAGACAAUAUACUGGUCAAGAUGGCAGACCCCGUCUUUAUAGGAUUCUGUAUCAGCAGGGGGGCGAACUGCGGGGCAAAAGUUGUUGAGAAAACCUUUCCCACAGAGGCUGUUGGCGUGGUGUGUAAAGUAGAGGGAAAAUAUCAAGUGGUGGAAUACAGCGAAAUCACACUAAAAACGGCAGGAAAACGAGACUGCAAUGGCAGACUGGUCUUCAAUGCUGGCAACAUCUGUAACCAUUUCUUUACUCUGGACUUCCUGAAAUUUGUGUCAGAGCCUUCACAGGAAAGAUUACUAAAGCAUCAUGUUGCUAAGAAGAAAAUUCCACAUGUUAGCGACAAGGACUGUCGACAGACCACUCAGCCGGGUUCUCCCAAUGGCAUUAAAAUGGAAAAAUUUGUAUUUGAUGUUUUCCUUUUGUCAUCGAGUUUUGCUGUCUGGGAGGUUAUCCGGGAGGAUGAGUUUGCUCCCCUGAAAAAUGCAGACACUGCUGAUAAGGACACGCCCACUACCUGUCGCCGUGCUCUGCUGAAUCUUCAUCACCGUUACCUGAUAGGCGCGGGGGCCGAGUUUGUAUACACAGAUGGGACAAAGAUUUCCCACAUUCCCAGUCAAAAAGGAGAAGAUGAAGCUUUGUUUGUAGAGAGUGAGAUCUCACCUCUCGUGUCGUAUGCAGGGGAGGGUCUGAACGAAUUGGUGGAGGGGAGAAAGUUUGUAAGUCCAGUGUACAUAAAUCAGGACUUCACCAUGGACAAACCAAAGAUAGUCGAUGGCUAAUGGUAGUAACAAACAAAACAGCG